UCUUGGUUACAAACACAAACAAGCGGCGAGAGGAGGAAGGAGCGCGAGACGCGGAGCCGUAGAGCCGUGGACGCCGUCGCGGCCUCCUCCUCCUCCUCCUCGCCCCCUCGCCCGUCCCCCGCUCCGCCCCCGCCGCCUCGCCCGCGGGCGCGCCCACCGGCGGCGCUUCUCUGACGCGUGUCGAGCCGCUGGGCUUUGUCCUCGGGGGUCAAGCCGAAGUGCUCUCUGUGUCUCCGGCCAACCCAGGCUCCAGGCGCGGCUUCCGUGGGAUUGUGCCCCUCGAGGAGGAGGCGGCUGACCUUCCCUUCCUCCCUUGCUCUUUCUGCCAGCCUGACCUCCCGCUGAGGAGCAGCGCCUGUGCCCUGGGCUCAGUCAGGUCCUUGGGGGUUUACUGACCCCCCAGCUGGAGGGAAAGGUUCACAGCAGAUUUUUCAGUUGAAGAGCUCCACUGCUCCUUGGGCUGCCCUCGACUCUUUUGGGUCUCCGAGGGCGUCGAGGAAGAGAGGACGGGACGUCACGGUCAGCGAGAGAGCAGCCCCGGAACAGGAGGAUGGCAGCCGAGAUGCUGAACUUCGGGCCAGAGUGGCUUCGUGCUCUCUCCAGUGGGGGGAGCGUGGCUUCCCCCCCACCCUCCCCUGCCAUGCCAAAGUACAAACUAGCGGAGUACCGAUACGGGCGGGAAGAGAUGCUAGCACUUUACGUCAAAGACAAUAAGGUCCCUGACGAAAUCCAAGAUAAAGAAUUCUCUGCCAUCCUGGAGGAGGAUCCCCUGCAGCCGCUGGCGCUGGUGCCCUUAACGGAGGAAGAGCAGAGGAACUUCUCCCUGUCUGUGAACAGCGUUGCUGUGCUGAGGCUGAUGGGGAAGGGGGCCGGGGUGGCCCCGGCCGGCGUGUCGCGUGGGAGAGGCAGCACGCGGAGCCGAGGCCGCGGUCGAGGCGAGAGCGGCUUUUACCAAAGAAGCAUUGAGGAAGCGGAAGGCGCCUUUGGCCGAGGCGGGGUCCGGGAGAUCCACCGCAGCCAGAGUUGGGAUGACCGAGGGGAUCGGCGGUUUGAGAAGCCCAUCCGGCGGGAAGGAGCCCGGGCCCCCUUUGAAGAGGGGGCUCCCUCCGGCCGCAAAGACUUUGCCCGCUCGGACAGCGACAACUGGCGCACGCUGCGGGAGGAGCACGAGGAGGAGGAGGAGAGUGGUGGGGCCGGGUCGGGAGGAAGCUGGCGGCAGAGCGGGGGGUCCAGGCGGGAGAGCGAGCGCUGGCGGUCGGCCAGCCCAGACGGAGGGCCUCGCUCGGCGGGGUGGCGGGAGCACGGCGGGGACGGGCGCCGGCGGAAGUUUGAUUUCGACUUCCGGGAGCGUGAGGAUGAGCCACGCGGAGGGCGUCGGCACCGGCAAAGCAGCGACAGCUUUGAGGAGGAGAAGGACGGCUUGCCGGAGUGGUGCCUGGAAGACGAGGAAGAGGAAAUGGGGACGUUUGACUCCUCCGGGGCCUUCAUGUCCCUCAAGAAGAGCCCCAAGGAGCUGAUUCCCGAGGAGCAGGAGCUGAGUUUCCAGCCCCUGCAGGAAGAGCAGGGGGAGGAGGAGCAGGAGGAGCAGCUGCCAGAGGCCAAGGAGGGCAGCCACAGGGCAGGCAGGGAGGGGCCCGCCAGCCCCACGGCCGCGGAGAGGGCAGAGAGAGACCCAAAGGAGCCUCGACCAGGCCCAGAGGAGAAGCUGCCGGCUCCCCCCGGUGCCCCCUGGCAGCCCAGCCCUCCUUUCUCUGCCCUCGCUGCCUCCACCGGCGACUGCGAAAGCAUCGGGCCAGGGAGCUCUUCCAAAGCAGAGAAGCUGGUGCUCGUGACCUCAGGCAACUUGGACGCUGAAGCUGGGGACGGGGACCCAGGCACUCUCGGCCGCCCCGCCCCUCCCAGCCCAGCCACGGUCUCUCCCCUUCCUGCGCCCCCGGCUGCUGCUGCUGCUGCUGAAUUCACAGUGGGGGACAACGAGGACGAGGACGGGAUGAAGCACCUGCAGCAGGAAGCAGAGAAGAUGGUGGCUUCCUUGCAGGACAGCUCGCUGGAGGAGGAGCACUUCACCCAGGCCAUCGGCGACCACCACAACACUGCGGCCGCCCUGCCCCUCUCCCACGAGGCAGCCAUGAAGUGGUUCUACAAGGAUCCCCAGGGGGAGAUCCAAGGACCCUUCGCCACCCAAGAGAUGGCCGAGUGGUUCCAAGCAGGCUACUUCACGAUGUCGCUGUUGGUGAAGCGGGGCUGCGACGAGGGCUUCCAGCCUCUGGGAGAAGUCAUCAAGAUGUGGGGAAGAGUGCCUUUUGCGCCUGGUCCGUCGCCACCGCCGUUACUGGGCAAUAUGGACCAGGAGCGCCUGAAGAAGCAGCAGGAACUGGCGGCCGCAGCCAUCUACCAGCAGCUCCAGCACCAGCAGCUGCUUCAGCUCGUCAACAGCCGGCAGCAAUACUCCCAGUGUGCCCUCCAGCAGAAGGUGGCGACUGGGGACUUGGCCCAGCAGCAGCAGCUCACCACCUUCCUGCAGCAGCUGCAGGCUCUCAAACCCAGAGCCGGGGAGCAGGGAAUGAUGCCCUCCAUGAACCGGUCCAUAUCUGUGCCAGACACCGGAUCCCUCUGGGACACACAUACCUCAGCCUCACCACAAGCAGGUGGUGAAGCCAGUUUGUGGGAUAUUCCAAUUAAUUCUUCAACUCAGGGUCCAACCUUAGAACAACUCCAACUGCAACAUAAACUGCAGGAGCGGAGGGGGGCCGAACUCAGGGCGAAGCGCGACGAGGAUGAGCGCAAGCGGCGCCAGGAGGAGCAGAAGCGCCGGGAGGAGGAGGAGCUCUACAGGCGCAAGCAGCUGCCCGCCGCCACUGCCUCCUCCUCCUGGGGCCAGCCGCCCGUGAACGCCUCUGCUGCUCAAAGCAGUUUCAGCCUCGCAGACCUCCAGAAACUGGGAGACGCUCGGGCCUGCCGGGAGCUGCGGGAAGAGUGCCGCCACCAGGAGAUGCUGCUGAAGCUCCUCCAGCAGCAGCAGCAGAGCACUCAGCCCCUCUGGGGAGGGCUGGCGAAGCAGACCCCCUCCAUGAAGGCCCUGCUGGAGCUGCAGCAGGAGAGCGAGAGGCACCUGCAGAAGCCGUCCCAGCCCCGGGCUCAGCAGCGGGUGCAUGGCGGGGGACACGGUCUGAGCAGCCUCUCCUCGCAGUGGGCUUCGGACGUGGGUUCGCUUUGGGGGGGCCACGACAAGGCCAGCCCCCUCGGCCUGUGGGAGGAGAGCAUGAAGGGCGCCGCCCCGCUGGCCCGCAGCCUGGGCCUGAGGAACAGCCGGAGCAGCCCCUCUCUAGGGGACGCCUACAUGGUCUCCAGUCGGCAGAGCAGGAAGAAGACGGACGAGGAGGAGAAGCUGCUGAAGCUGCUGCAGGGGAUCCACAAGCCGCAGCAGGACGGCUUCACGCAGUGGUGCGAGCAGAUGCUGCAUGCCCUCAACGCUUCCAGCAGCCUGGAUGUGCCCACCGUGGUGGCCUUCCUGAAGGAGGUGGAGUCGCCCUACGAAGUCCAUGACCACAUCCGCUCCUACCUGGGGGACACCCUGGAAGCCAAAGAGUUUGCGAAACAGUUCCUGGAGCGCCGUGCCAAGCAGAGGGCCAACCAGCAGCGGCAGCAGCAGCAGGAGGCCUCGUGGCUGAGCUCCAGCAGCCUGCAGUCCCUCUUCCAGUCCAACCACAGCCCCAAGCCACCGUCCUUCGAGAACAGCCAAGCUGUGAAGGUCAAGAGGCGCCCCGUGAUGCUCCAUGCAGACCCCAGCAUCCUGGGCUACGCCCUCCAUGGCUCUUCCAGCGAGCUGGAAACAGUGGAGGACUACUGAACGCCCCCCUUCCAGCAAUAGGGAUCCCCUUCUCGUCCCUGCCGCUGCUGCCUUGAUCUCACCCGUUUCAGUUCCGGCUGAGUGUGCACUGCUGGAGGGGCCCCAGGGGCCCUCCCCCCUCAGAAGCAGGGGGAGGGGCUGUCCUGGCAGCAAGGAUCAGCCGGGCCGGACCGGACCGGACGGCUGUUGCGCACUUCAUUCCUUAACGAAGCACCUUAACGAACACCCUUUUUUCUGCCAUGCACUUUAUCAGAACUUUUUUUUACAGUGACUUGUUACAGAUUCAAAAAAAAGAAAAAAAAAAAGCAAGGUUUUUUUUUGGAAAUGUGGAAGAUUUUUUUUUAAAAAAAGCUUAAAAACUACAAAAAGUUUAUCUUUAAAAACACUUAUUUUUCAUGUGGGGAUAAGUUUAAAAAUGUGAAUGGUAAUUUCACAAAAGCUUGAUAUAAAAAGAUUUAUAAGAGAAAAAAAACUUGAAGAAAUGCACUUAGAAAAAGGAUUUUUUUAAUUAUUUGGAUAACUACAGAUGCAGAUGUAAAUACCGUUCAGACUCUUGCUCCGCACAGUAUAUUUUCUCUUAUGAAGAGGCCAUUUUAUAAGAUUCUUUGUUUUUUGUUUUUUGUUUUUUUUUUUAAGAAAAUUGCACAAAAAUGCCUCCCUCCUUGUUUCCCUUUCUCCACCCCACCCUGGACAUAAGUUUUCUAUUGUGUUUGAUUAAAAAAAAAUAGAAAAAGAAAAAAAAACAACUUGCAAAAAGAGGAAUUUACACUACUGUUGAAGCGGGUUGCUCCUAUCAGAAGCUGCUUUGUCCUACGAGCUGGUCCCGGAUUCCGACGCCGCCUCCUGGGUCCCCAGGAAUCUCCACAGAGCCCCCCCGUCCUCCCCCCCGGCCAGUUCCUCCUCCCGCCGUCCGUCCGUCCUUCCAUGGAGACGCUGAAGGCCGCUCAUCUGCGCCGCCUCGGGCAGAUUUUCUCCAGCGACUCUGGGCGUGUGGAUGCACUUUUCCUGGCAAAGGGAAGCAAACAGCGAAUGUUGUGAGUCUCCCCGUUUUGUGCCCAGAGGAGAAUCAUGAAUCCUACCGAAGUGUGUUUUGCCUGCUCUGGGCAUCGACUGAGGGCACUCGGUGCACCCAAAGCCAAAUUGAAUGUAUCGUACUUGGGUGACACUGGGCUCUGGAGCCACAUCCCCCUCACCCCCCAGCUGCCAGUGGUGGUGCCGCUUGAACAGUGGCACAUGCCAUCCGGGUGCAACUGCUCUUGUGUGUGCAAGGGAGAGCGAGCGAGAGAGACUGUCUUUUGGAACAAGGAAGCUGAUGACGGGGGUUGUCCUCUGCUCUCCAUCAGAGCUCUGAUGUUCAUAGCACAUUCUCCGUUAUCGGGGGCUGCACCCUUACGUGCUUUUUGGUAUAUGUGGUGCUGCGUGUAUGUACGCACCCAGGCACCUGCUUGAAUAGGUUUUGGUUUGUUCGCAAGGACCAUUUUUUGUUUACAAUCCAUCCCGAGCCCUGGGGGGCUGCCUGUGCACGGGGCGCUCCAAGUCUGCGAAGGGCUGCGUGCGCCGCGGGUGGCCCUGCAGCCUUCCGGAGGGCGAGGCGCAAGAGAGGGCUCAACGGACCAGGACAUCCCGUGUGCCCGCGCAGUCUCCUCUUUCGUUGCUCACCUGCCUGCCAGGAUUUUUCCCUCGCGUGGAAGGCCUUCUGGAAAUGCAUCUUGUGAGUGCCCAAGAAAGGUGUGAAUCUGCUCUUUGGAAAAGCUUCUCACAAAACUUUGGCGGCAUGAAGGACUCUGGAGCGCCAGAUGCCGCUUGCUUUCUUGCUGUGUGUUCUUAGUGGGGGCGGGAGAAAGGGGGCACCCUAAAUCAGCCCCGCUUUUGAUUGCGGCAGGAUCAAACCCCUGCGUGGUUCUGACCAAAUGUUGAAAGACUGUUUGGGCAUUUCUGCCUUAUGUACGCCAAGCCAGGUAAGACUCCAGACUGGGACUGAAGGAUCAUGCGUGUGCGUGUGCAAGAGAAUUCCGAUAAUCUUUGUAACUAAUACUGUGAUGUUUGGAGGGUUACAGGUUUGCGAGACAGAAGCCGCCCGAGCGGGAAGGGAAGUGGAUGGACGCCUUGCCCCCCUCUGAGGGUGGGAAGCGCAAAGCGCGGGGCCCUGACCAUCGCCCGGCAGUAUUGGCACCCUUGGGGGUCGUUGCCACUAAUCUGCCCCCUCCCCCCUGGGAGGCAAGCUGGAGCUGGGCAUGGCCUCCUGCAGUGCCUGCUUGGCUCGUGGCCACUGGACUAGCAGCUGGGCCGGGAGGGGGCCCGCCUUGGCGUCCUUGGGCUGCGCCGCCUCCAGAAUGUAUGUGGAAGAGUCGCUUUGCCGCCUGCCUUCCGGCCAGGGGCUGCCCCCGACUCGAGCUGCCUGCCAGUCGCUGGCUUUGCUUGCAAAUGGGCUCUGAGGGGGGUCUCGCCCUCUUGCUGCCCCCCCCUUUUCUUUUGCACCAAACAUUGGGGUGGGAUGUGAACUGAAAUAAUCCUGAAACCUUUGUGUUUUUUGUUCGUGUUAAUCAAGGUACGGGAAAAGUUUACAAAACGGCCGAUUGUUUUCUGUGGGGAGUCCCUGUCCAGGGAUGGGGGUGCCCCCCUUUCUGGCAGGGGGGUUCCCACCAAGCCCUGGAAGUUACUGUUUUGGGGGAGGGGAGACUGUUCCCCUUUUGUCAUAGAAACCUCUUGUCUGUCCUCUUUUCCAGCCUCCGUGUGAAUAUUUGUGAAAAAUUUCUCCUGCAACCGAGCAAAAUGGGAAACUUGUGUGUGCAAUUUUGCCUUACUAGUUUUCAAGGAAAAAUAAUAGGGGAAGGGGGGAAAAAGAGCGUGGGGUUCGUUUUCAGUAUUAUAGCUUUUUUUUAAAAAAAAAAUCUAGCAAUAAGGAGAAAAAGUUUCGACAAGAAUUGUAGCACAUGCCAACGCUUGAGUGAGUUGCGAGAACGAAGGGGGAAGGCAGGCCUCGCUGGGGGUCCCUUCCCUGGGGAAGCUGGGCUCUGGCCUGCGGGGGGAGUCCGCCCAGGGGUGGGGGCCUGCCUGGCUGCUGGGACGGGGGGCUGGCUGCCCCCAAGCUGGUGUUCCCGGCAUGCUGAGUUUCCGCUCCCACGGUCAACGGCCAGCAGCUUCUCAGUGGGGCCACCCCCAGUAUUAGAGCUGCUGCCGCCGCCAGUUUCUCUUGUUUUUAAGACAAUGUGUGUAAGAGAGUUUUCUCUUUGUGUAGCAAUUUUUUUCUGUUGACUGAAUUUUUUGAGCAACCAUUUGGAAUGUGACUAUGAAUGUAUAAACGUGUCUGUCUCGGUCCCUUUUCGCAGCCGUUGGGAGGGUUGUGGGGGGGCUUGGGGAGGAGUGUUUUGAAUCCCGAGCUUUCCGUAUGCCAGAACGAUGGAUCUUGUGCACGCCAAGCUAGAAACAACCACAGCAAGCAAAGGCGGCGAACUAAAUGCUGUGCAGCCGUUGUGCGGUCUCGAGCCGACCCCUCUUGGUGGCGACCCCUGGGGUUCCCUCGGCGGGUGGGCCUUGGCCCAGCUCCCCCGUGCUCCUGAAGAAGCGAUGGGCUCGGGGCUCCAUGCUUUUUGCUUGUUCCAAAACUCGGUGGCAACUUCUUUUCUGAUGCCUUAAACUGUACCCGCAAAUCUCUCUGGAGGGGCCAGCUGUGGGUCCUGGUGGUACGCCCCACCCAGGGAAGCCCCCUCCUGAGGACGGCGAGAGAGGCCGGACCGGGGCGUGAUCGCAUUGGCCCAGGAAGGACUGGCAAAAGGGUCCCACCAGCCAGCAGGUGGGAAGCGCCCCUUGACCCCGGAGGGGGCUGCCGCUGGACGCCCACCGAGAGGCUCGCCCGCACUGGCAGCACAGCCCUCCAAGGGCCCCGCUCCGCUCCGCUGCCAGCUCUGGCCACCACCUACCUCCCCCGCUGCAGCUGCUGCUCAUCCCGAGGCAGGCGAGGCCGAGCCUCCCUCGAGUAUUACAAGGAACUGUGACGGGAGGCGGGAGGCUCCCACUGAGAGUGGAAAUAUGUUUACAGACUUCACCUUUUUCUGGUGCAAAUGGCCGGGCCCGGGAGAGGGGCCCCGCCUCCCCCAUCUUCGGCGCCGAAUGCUUUAAGAUGGACCAUCCGCCUGAAAAGACUUGAGUGGGGCACCCCCCUCCUUCCCCCAAGACUGGCCAGCUGCACGUGGGACUCGGCUCAGCCCUUCGGCCGGACUUGGACUCGUCGCGUUGGGCUCGGCUGCAAGGGAGCAGAGGGGCCUUCUGCGGCGGCUCCUCCCGAGCAGGGGGCGUCCGCCUCCCACGCGCCCUCCCGGGGAGGGGCUGGGCCAGCGCGAUCUGCUUCUGCGCCUUAAACGGGGGUCUGCGGGUCGCACGUCAGACCGCUUUGCGCUCUCCUCUUAGCCUAUGUAGGAACUGUUUGGCUUUUGCUAGGGGUAUAAUAUCCGAUGGGGUGAGACGCCAAACCCCUUCCCCUUGUGUACAUAUCCCACUUGCUGCAUCUUUUGUAAAUAAUUUUUCUUCCCUCCACCCUGCAGGUUUGCAAGGAAAUAAAAGCUUAGAUGUUGUGGAA